ACAUUCAUUAGAACUGCAGCUCCAGCUUACAGCAACUGCAGCUCCAGCAGCUUUACAGUCCUUUCUCCAGUGAGGUGUGGGUGUCACCAUGGCGAUGCUGUCCUGCUCUCUGCUGGCUGUGGUGGUUGUACUGGCCGUGUCUUUGGUCCAGUCGGACCCAGGGCCGGUUCGGAUCCAGCUGCGGCUGGCUGGAGAGAAGCGCAAACACUACGAGGGCCGUGUGGAAGUGUACUAUAACAACGAGUGGGGAACCGUAUGUGAUGACGACUUUGACAUGUCCGCCGCUCACGUGGUGUGCAGGGAGCUGGGAUACAUGGGAGCUGUGUCCUGGUCUCCGUCCAGCAAAUAUGGCAAAGGAGAAGGUCGGAUCUGGUUGGAUAACGUCCACUGCACAGGCAGAGAGACAUCUUUAGCCGACUGUCCGUCAAACGGCUUCGGCGUCUCAGACUGCAGACACACUGAGGAUGUGGGCGUGCUCUGCACUCAGAAACGCAUCCCGGGCUUUCAGUUCAUCAGCACCUCCAGCAAUGAUGUGCAAACUCUGGAUGUGCAGGUGGAGGAUGUGCGUAUCCGGGCGACGUAUUCCCAGCGCAAACGUGUUCCCAUCACAGAGGGCUUUGUGGAGCUGAAGGAUGCUGGGAAAUGGAGGCAGAUUUGUGAUGAGGAUUGGAACAUGAUGAACAGUCGUGUUGUAUGUGGCAUGUACGGUUUUCCUGGAGUGAAGGGCUUCAACAACAGAGCCUACAAGCUGCUAUCUCAGCGCAGGAAGAAGAAUUACUGGGGUUUCUCGGUGAACUGCACGGGGAACGAGGCACACUUGUCCUCCUGCAGGAUGGGUAAAGCGCUGAAGCUGGUGGGGAACAGUACAUGCGCCCGUGGGAUGCCCGUGGUGGUCAGCUGUGUUCCGGGCAGAGCUUUCGCCCCCACACACUCCGCCGGCUUCAGGAAGGCCUACAGACCCGAGCAACCCCUGGUGCGUCUACGUGGCGGGGCAAACAUAGGUGAGGGUCGUGUGGAGGUGCUGAAGAACGGAGUGUGGGGGACGGUGUGUGACGAUAACUGGGACCUGAAGGCCGCCACAGUGGUGUGUAGAGAGCUUGGCUUCGGCACGGCAAAAGAGGCUCUGACCAGUGGCCGCAUGGGGCAGGGAAUGGGUCCGGUCCACAUGAAUGAGGUGGAGUGUUCAGGCUUUGAGAAGUCGCUGACUGAGUGCUUCUUCAAUAAAGACUCUCUGGGCUGCAGCCAUGAGGAGGACGCUGCUGUCCGCUGUCACGUCCCUGCCAUGGGCUUUCACAACAGGCUGCGUCUGAGUGGAGGCCGGAACCCGUCUGAGGGUCGUGUGGAGGUUCUGGCUGAGAGGAACGGCUCGCUGGUUUGGGGGACGGUGUGUAGUGAGAGUUGGGGGAUAAUAGAGGCGAUGGUGGUCUGCAGGCAGCUGGGACUGGGCUUCGCCAGCAACGCAUUCCAGGAGACGUGGUACUGGCCGGGUGACGCCAGUGCGGACAGCGUGGUAAUGAGCGGGGUUCGGUGCUCUGGUACUGAGAUGAGUCUGGCUCAGUGUCUCCAUCAUGGCAAACACAUCAGCUGCCCGAAGGGAGGAGGACGCUUCGCCGCUGGAGUCUCCUGCACUCAAACUGCUCCUGACCUGGUGCUGAACGCCGAGGUUGUUGAACACACCACCUAUCUGGAGGACCGGCCGAUGUAUGCCCUGCAGUGCGCGCAUGAGGAGGACUGUCUGUCCAGCACGGCCAACGCCGCUGACCAAAGCUCGUACCGCCGCCUGCUCCGAUUCUCCUCACAGAUCCACAACAAUGGCCUGUCUGACUUCAGACCGCGAGCCGGCCGGCACGCCUGGAUCUGGCACGAGUGCCACAGGCACUACCACAGUAUGGAGGUCUUCACUCACUACGACCUUCUGAGUCUGAACGGCACCAAAGUGGCCGAGGGUCAUAAGGCCAGCUUCUGUCUGGAGGACACGCAGUGUGACGAGGGCAUCGAGAAGAGAUACGCCUGCGCUAACUUUGGUCAGCAGGGCAUCACUGUGGGCUGCUGGGACACUUACAGACACGACAUCGACUGUCAGUGGAUCGACAUCACAGACGUCAAACCAGGAGACUACAUUUUCCAGGUUGUAAUUAAUCCCAAUUAUGAAGUAGCCGAGUCUGAUUACACCAACAACAUCAUGAAGUGUAAAUGCCGCUAUGAUGGGCAUCGGAUAUGGACGUAUAACUGCCAUAUAGGUGGUUCGCGGAGCUCCGACCUCGAUGACUUUCCAGGAAUACUGACGAAUCAGCUGCAGCGCAGGUAGAGAAGACGAGUGAAGAGGAAGGCCAGUGUCCAGCCUGACUGUUAAACCAAGACCAACCACUAGAAGGAGUGUUAGCCAUGCUAAAGUCAGCGACUUGUACCUCUCACCACACGCAGUACUGUUUACCGUCUACAAUCGUUACAGCUGGAAUUAAGAAUUUAAUUCUCUGUAUCAUCCCCGUCAUAAAAAAACCUUUUUCCCCCA